AUGGAGAGUGGUGAGGUGCCUGCGCCAAACCGGUUGCAAGACUUGGCAGCACAGGCAAGCUUGUUGCAGCAAGAGAUUAAGCGCCAGAAGAUUCUGGCACCUCCUGACCUCAUCGAGCAGAACAGCUUCCUGCUCCGACAGGAGCAACGACGGUGGCAAGAUGCAAUCAGCUCCGUGGAACGGGCACCGUCGCCGCAUGAAGAGAAGCAAGACGUCUUGAAGGAGUUCCAAGUCUGCAAUCGGAUGCAAAAGGUUAUGACAGAGGUAACGAAGCUCAUCAAGCAACACGCUGAAGGCGAGUCUCGUUUGAUUCGAGCAGAGCUUGCUCAGCUGCAGAGCAGGCAGAGCAGCGAGAGUGAGGCUCCCAAGCUCCUGGAGCUGCAGCAGCAGGUCCAAGAGCUUCAAACGGCAAAGCAGAAGCUGCUGGAGAGUCAGAGUCAGAGUCGGCCCAAAGAGAUCUCCCCUCCUAGGGAGCCGGCAGGAAAGGGCACGGGAGCCAAAGGAGGCAAAGGCGGCAAAGGCGGCAAAGGCAAAGGUCCACCCUUGCCAAGCUCCAUGCCCGUUCCGAAACCGAAAGCCAAGUGCCAGGCCGAGAAGAAGAAAAGUAAUCUGGUGACUCUGUAUUGGAGACCGCUGCCGGCCAGCGUUGGCAGCGACAAGAUCAGUACCAGUAGCAGCGGCCUACUGAAGCAAUGCGAAGAGAUGCUUGCAGCGGCUUCGGGCACAUCUGAAGCAAGCUACGACGAAGAGCAGCAGCUCGGAGGAGUAUACGAUAAGCCGGAGGCUCCGGAAAGCGAUAAUCUUCCAGAGUCUAUGAUCGAGGUCUACUUCCAGCGGCGGGAAGCAGCUGUGCACCUGGACUCUGGCAAAUCGGAUAAGAUCUCCAUCCUGGACGAGAAGCAGCGACGGAUGUUGGGCAUUCUGAUGAGCAAGUAUCGGAUGAAGAACAAAGACAGUGAUCGGGAGAUCGUGGCAAUCAUGAAGCAGGCAGUUCUCAGCUGCAAUUACGAAGUGCUCAGAGAGGAGGGUCUCUGCAUGCUUCGCAAAGUGAUACGAGACCACGCGUUCACGGGGAACAAGAUUCGGGAGUUUGUGCAGGCCAACGGAGAGGCGGCUCUGAAGAAGCUGAGAGACCCGUGGUUGCAUCGCCUCAUUCACGAAGUGCUCAAGGUCCCCCAGAUCGAGGAACGGCUCGAAUGUAUGCUGUUUCAGCUGGCUUUCGAGGACGGCUUCACGAAGUGCGCCCAAGACAUGGAAACGCUUUGCCAGGCUCUCCAAGCCCUAAGUGCCAAACAGGUGGAGCUGCGCAGGUUCUUCACACUCGCUCACCGCCUGGGCACCGUUCUGAACAGUAACUGCCUGGCGCCUCAAGCUCCGAACGGCUUCAGUCUCUCCUCACUCGAGAAGCUGAUUCAAACCAAGUCGACGGCUUCACCCAAGCACAACAUGCUGCACUUCGUCUUGGCCAUGAUGACGCCGUCGGCCGCAGCAACACUCUUCACCGACACGGAUGUCAAGCUGCUGGCCAAAGCGAAAGCAAUGAAGAGUUUUACCGUGUACCAGGAUUGCACUGAGCUCACCCAGGGUUUCCAGGCAAUCCGCGAGAUAUGUCAGACAGGCAGGUAUCAGAACACCACGACGGGGGAGAAGGUGAAGAUGGAGCGGAGGAGGAUGACCAAAGCUUCCAGAGAGGCUGAGGAGACCAUUGAUGCCAACGACACCUUCCACAACGCCAUGCAGGCCUUUGUCGGCAAGUACGAGCGCCAAGUUGCGGCUGUGGAGCAGGGCUGCUAUUGCUCCUUCAUCAUGUACAAGGAGCAAGCGCUGUUCCUCGGCGAUCUCUCGGUGUAUCCUCCACCGAAGGAGGAUCAGGAUGGCAAGGCUGAUCUUGUGGUCAUCAUGCACAGACUGGCAGCGCAGGUGCGACGACAUGCAGAAGAGGUGGAGCAGGAGCUGGUACGGGGUUGCAAAGUAAUGCGGACAUCUGCUCAAUCCGGGGUCUCUGGCACUAAAGCCGUCACGAGGUCGCAAAGGCCUGCCUCGCGCAACACAAGGCCUGCAGCAAGGCAGCGCUCGGACGCUCAUUCACAGGUGGAGCUCAAGGCACGCCGCCGCUCCGAGCCAGAAGUACCUCCAAGCCUCGAAGACGAGGCAGCGGUGGCCCUUCUCCAAGCAUCAUGUUGGCUUCCAGAUGCGAUAGGCUUGCUUGUCCGGAAGCCCUUGUCAGAGCUGCGGGCCGAGCUACGCGUGGAGGAGGAGGAGGAGCAUUCGCCAGCCUCUUCCGGUUCGGGAAGCUUGAUGGCAUUGUCUGCUUUUCUUCGCCGGACGCUGCAGGCGCUGCUGGACUUGCAAGAGGCUUCUCAUGGCUCUCAGGCGGUAGCUCUUCAGGAAGCGGACGUCAUGAUGCAGUGGCUGGUGCGAACCAGGGAAGAGCUUUGCAUCUGGGGUGCUGCCGGCGCAGUCGUCCUGGGCACGGCAUCUCGUUUCAUCCUUGCGCCAGGGCAGCGGGCCGGCAGAGCUCUCAGAGCUCUGGCUGGGUCAGAGCUUGGCAUCCAAGAGCUUGGAAGCCAGCUGCAAACUUUCAUACAGGGCUCGAUGGUGGAAGCGAUGAAGCAGGGCUCCUCUCAGUUUGAUCAGGAGCUCGCGCAGCUUCGGCAAGAGCUCCAAGAAACACGAAGUCUAGCAGCAGCUGCUGCGGCAGAAGCACGGAAGCAGGAGGCCAUCGCCGUGGCAAACGAAGGUUCCUUCUUGGCAAAGUCAUUGGAGCAGCUCGACCAGAAAUUUCAGGACCACAUCAGCGCAGAGGGGUGCAGACUUCGAGAGGAAGUCAGCCGCAGCAAAGCUCAAGUCGUCGGAGAACUCGCAGAGCAGCAGCAUGAAAAUGUGCAGCAGCUUUCGAAGCUUUGGGAAGCGCAGAACCGGCAACGAGAUCAUGAGCUUCAACUGCUGCGGCAGCAUGCAGAGACCGCAAUGGUGGAAAUGCGGUCUUCCGUCGGAUCGGCCGAGCUGGCCUACUCCAAGGCUACUGCCGAGCAGGCUGUGGUCUCGAAGGUGCUCUCCGAAAUGCAGGCAGAGCGACAGGCACAUCACAGAGAGCUGGAGCUUGGGCAGCGCGAUCGAGAGGCUUUGGCGUUGCAGCUGACGGAGGCGACGAGGCAAAGUCUUCAGCUGAGGACAUCGCUCAGCGACCAGGAGUGGGCCCGGCCAGAGCCUGUUCAGACGGCUAUGACCCCGCUCGCUCGUUCGCGUGUCUGGCCUCUGCCCGAGGCCACGGCGUCUUCCCCGCUGAGGCCAAGGCCUUGGCCAAGGGAGCCAAAGGAAGCAAAGGAGGAUGGAACCGGAAGAGUGCAAGAAGAUGGCUCAUCAGUGUGCCGUGUGAGUACUGAGUCGGUUUCAUUUCGUCGACCAGGAGACUUUCCCGUCCCAGACACGCAGCUGCGGCGAAGGGUGCUGGAGGAGCGACCUGGACCUGAUGCAGUGCAGGGCACGGACAAAGCGCCGGCAGUGGCUCCGUGGGAAUUGCCACCAAAAGAGUUUCUCUCUAUUUGGCGCCAGUCUCAGGCCACAGCAACUGCGUCAGGUUUCAGGAAUGGCGUCACUCAUAGCGUGGACGCUGAGAAGGAAGGAAAGACUGGUGACAGAGUGCCACACCAUAGUACUGAGACACUGCGAAUCACCGCGAGCUGGGAUUGA